UGUUGAAAUAUAAAUUUAAGGGGCAAUAUUGAAAAUUAGACUAAAGUUGAUAGACCAAAAAAUAAAUUAGUAACAGUUUCCAACAUCUAUCGCCAAGUCUUCCCCUAGGGUUUUUUUUCUUUUCUGAAACGGACAUCGAGAUUCCAGGAGUGAACUUGACAAUCGGAGAGAAAUGGGGUCGAUUGAAAGAGAUCAGACGACGCAGCAUCACCCGCCUCAAAUCAGCAGUCUCGUCGUACGACCAUCCGGAAGCAACGACGGAGAAGACCGCCGUAACGCCGCCGCCGGAGACUAUGAGUCCGGAGAAGUCUCCCGUGACAGGCCCUCAUUUGCUCGCUCGGAUCGGUUUAAAGGUGACAAUGGAGGACAUAGAACUCGUGCAAGUUCUAGCUCACCAGGCCGUCGUGGAUAUGAAGAGCACCGGCAUGGUUCUGAUCUUAAUCAUUCAGGCCCUCCACCUCGUGUUCGUGAGUUCAGCAGCAGAAGGGAAUCAUCUGGGAGACACAGAGAUUAUUCACCACCUUAUGCUAGAGGUGGAGCUGCUGCUCGUCCUUAUGGAAGAGGUUUCGAUGGACCUGAACCUGCGCAUGGAAGUGAGAGCAUGAGCAGAAAUAGUUACCCGAGAAUGCAACCGAGAGAUGGAGAUUGGUACUGUCUAGAUCCAUUAUGUAGAAACUUGAACUUUGCGAGACGCGAGUCCUGCAACAAAUGCAAAAGGCAUCGGUAUGCACCGGCUAAUAGUCCUCCACCACCUCGUCUUCUUCCUCCUCCUAUGAAUUUCUCCCCAAGAAGAGACUUUAAUGGCUACAGAUCUCCUCCACGGGGCUGGCCCAGAGACUACCCGCCACCAAGACAUGACCAUCCCACAUGGAGAGACAGAGACAGAGACAGAGACCGAGACCGAGAUCGUCUACAUCACCCAGAUCAUGAGUACCCUCCUAGCAGAAGAAUAGCCUCUGACUGGGCCCAUACUGAGCCGCUCCCAAAACCUCAUUACGACAGACGACCACCUCUCAGUCUGCCUCCUCCACCGCAUCCUCCACCUCGUGGUGACAGAUGGGGACCACUCUCGAGAGAAAGGAGUAGAUCCCCACCAUUGAGAGAUGGUCCACUGCCACAAUUGAGAGAUGGUCCGCCGCCACCAUUGAGAGGAGGCGGUCCACCGCCGCACAGAGAUUACCGCCGUGAAAGUUACUUGGAUAGAGGAGGACGAGAUGAUCGGCGUGGUGGCAGAGACAGAAUGGGAAACUCUUACUGAUUCAAAAACUGUGUAUGUCUCGAGAAUUUGGUUUUUAGACGGUUACAAAAUUUUACCGGAAAAUCAAAAGUGACCUUGUAGUACUCAUUAGAUUCUUUGUUCUGAUUUUUGAAUGUUUAGCAAAACUUUUGUGCCUUAUGUGCAAAAUCAAAGAAACAAUUUUGGUGCUC